AUGGAUAAUCCAACAUCCCGACCUGUUGAAGGAUACCCGAGGCUGGCAUGCCAUAUGGCCCAGUACUCUGAAAAUGCCGUAUUUCGACGUUUUAGUAGUCUCGGCACACGUAAUCUACUUUAUCUCCAAGCAGAAUUGGUGCAUCUCGAGCAGAAGCUUUGUCGUCUUGAAGCUGCUGAUAGUGCCUCUUCAGAGGGGCGUCGAGCUACAUAUUCCAAAGACUGGUACUGGCUUAACGAUUCUCCAGAAGAGAACGAUGAGCAGUUGAAGAUUGUCCUUUCUAUUCGUAGUAAGUUGAAGGAAUAUUGUAAGAGGGUAAAACUCGCCUCAAUCACUAUGCAGCUGAUGUUGGGGUUAGACGAUACAAUUGUGCAGCAAUCGGUCAUAAAUCGCCUCGCGAAGCCAGAUAACCAUGACCUAAGAGAGCUACAAGAUUGGCUUGAAAGACAAGCGUACGGAAACCUCGCCUUGAUUGGAGCAGAUAGCGAGACAUGGGGCAGACUUCAUCAGCCUAUCAACUCACACGCCGAUCUGCUUACUUUAAACUCUAUUGGAUGCGAAGACAGCUUUUCUCGAUGGUUCAGUCGGAAAUUCAUUGCUUGGUUUUGCCACACUUUUAGGCAUCGCCCUCUGAAUUCCGGUGAUCUAGAGUCCGGAAUUGUGUCUUACUCGAGCAGGACCAUAGAAAGAUACACUUCAUUUGUCACUACCAUUGUUGCGUCCUUGCUUCCAAUCUUGUCAACAGUUGUCCUAUUUUGCGUCCCUUCCAUGAAACUCCGACUGGGCAUCAUUGUCCUUUUCACUCUGAUAUUCGCGGCCUGUAUUUCUUCUUUCACUUCUACCAAAAGGGGAGAAAUUUUCAUAGCAACUUCAACGUAA